AUGUCCCAUCAACAAGGAGAUGAUGAAAUGGAAGAACUAGAUGAUUUUAUUGAUGAGUUUGAAGGCAUAGACUUGGAUGGCUUUGAUUCGGAUGUAAAUGAAAGGCAAUGCAUAGACUUGGAUGGGUUUGGUUCGGAUGUAGAUGACUUCCUAGACGUAGAAUUGAGUGAUGUUGAAUCUUAUGUAGAUGACUUGGAUGAAACAGACAUGACUUAUAGAUCAAUGAAAGAUAUUUCGGCUGCUGACGUGAGGAAUGGAAGAGAUAUUCAAGGGAUCCCCUGGGAAAGGGCUACGGUAACCAGAGAGAGACGUAGACAAAGAAGGCUAACAGAAUACCAGAACUAUGAAAAUAUUCCUCCAUCUGAUGCAACACCAGAUAAGGAGAGCAAAACCACAAAGAAAGACGGUUUAUACUAUAAUUUCAGAUAUAAUGCAUGUUCCGUUAUACCAACGUUCUCUCACACUCAACUGAGGAAUAUGAUCUCAGCAACUUCUAAGCACGAUGUGUACCUGCUAUCACAUUUUUCGCUCAUGCAUUGGUCAUCAUUGACCUGCGUGAAAACUGAAAUUCUCGAUUUAUCAGGGCAUGUAGCACCAUGUGAGAAACAUCCUGAAAGCCAUUCAGAGGGAUUUACACACACCGAAGUAAGCACUCUCGCUGUGAAAGAUAAGUUGCUUGUUGCUGGUGGAGUAGAAGGAGAACUUAUCGUCAAGUAUUUAGAUAAGCCUGGAGUUUGCUUUUGUUCUCAACCAACGUAUGAUGAUGAUACCAUUACCAAUUCAAUUGAAAUUAAAAACACUGUCAGUGGUGCAGUUCAUUUUUUCACUUCAAAUAAUGAUUGUGGAGUUAGAGAUUUCGAUAUGGAGACAUUUCGACUGUUUAACCAUUUCCAUUUACCCUGGCCAGUGAAUCAUACAUCAGUCAGCCCUGAUUGUAGGCUUCUCCUAGUAGUUGGGGAUGAUCCGGAUGGAAUGUUGAUUGACUCCAGGAAUGGAAUGGCUCUUGCUAUUUUGCCUGGACAUGUGGACUACUCAUUUGCAUCAGCGUGGCAUCCUGAUGGCCGAACUUUUGCAACUGGGAACCAGGAUAAAACGUGCAGAAUAUGGGAUUGUCGGAACUUGUCCAAGUCAGUCACUGUUUUGACGGGCAACCUUGGAGCUAUUCGGUCAAUUAGCUACACGUCUGAUGGCAGAUUUAUGGCUAUGGUAGAGUCUGCAGAUUUUGUGCAUGUUUUGGAUGUUAAAAGUGGAUAUGAGGUGGAGCAGGAAAUUGAUUUCUUCGGUGAGAUAUCAGGAGUGUCUUUUAGUCCCGAUACAGAGUCCCUUUUCAUUGGCGUGAGGAAUCGCACAUUUGGUAGCCUCUUUGAGUUUGGACGACGACACAACUAUUCAUACCAUGAUGCAAUGAUAUGAAGGCAUAAGAAAUUGUAAGCACAGAAGAUGUAGAGUAGAGUGCAGUGAUGUACAUAAAGCUAGAUGAUUUUCGGUUAAAAAUCUAUGGUAAAACUAAACUCAAGACCUCUUGUUAAGGGUGAGGGUGAAGCAUUCUCACUUGUGCAACACAACCCAUGGUGUUUCUUAUUUGCAUAGCUAAGUGGCUAUAAGCCAGGGGCGGAGCCACACUGGAGUUGGGGUUCAUCCCUUCAACUAGUUUGUGUGUUAAAUUCUUCAGAUUAUGAACAUUCGUAGGAAAAAUAUCGGCUCAACCACUGCCUAUAAUACUUGUGGUGAACGGCGAUUGACCAUCCAAUGUUGUACUCUAUCGGUCUCAACUUUAUGCUACACUUUUUUCUUUUCUUUUUAUCGAUGUGAAAAGUAAUGACAUAUUUUUAGUAAUAAAAUAAUAUUAUUUCAUUUUAUUUUUAUUGAAAGCGAUAACGCACAAGUACCCCUCAAACCUAUGUUCGAAG